CAGUUGGUUACCUGCAACAUACCCGCCUGCGAAUACAAAUCCAUUGACUAUUAUCCCAUUUCUCAUGUUUUCUGUCGAUUGCUGCUGAAGUUCUAAUAGAAGAAGUCAAGUCUACUCAAAAAUGGGGGAGAAGGAAGACUCAGAAAAGUACCUCAAACGAAGGAGAAUACGAGAACUUUUUCAGAGUCUAAUGGCUGGCCUCCUUUUCCACAAACCCGAGGACCACAUAGCUUUCCUGAUCGCAUGUCUUACAAAACUCCACGAAGACCCUCUUGCAGUCUUCAACAUCCGAUGGAACACUUUCAUCGAACAUGGACCCGAAGGAGGCAGGAUGGCCGGUGUCGAGAUGGAAGUUAGUCCCGAACAGAUCAACAUGCAGCUUCAGACGUUCCUAUCAGGAUCCGGAUUCCUAUACUGACAAUUUUGAUAAACAGAUGCGCAUAUUUUAUGACGUUUCAAAUUACCGAAUCAUGAUGGAGUCAGACAGAGACAGCAUUCCUAAAGGCGCGUUCUUGAUCUACGAAGACUUGCUCCGCGUUUUGUCCAAGAUUUAAAAGCCUUCUUUAUCGCUCUACAUAGCUUUCAGGUUGCCAAGAUGACCAACAUGACCUACCUUUAUCGUGUUUUUCUCUUGUGGUCAUGGCUAGAGUAAACGAAUUACCAACGUUAAGGCUGUCAUAUCUUGAGAGCGUUUCAUCGACGUGUGUCUUCUGAGAAGUUAGUUUUUCGAUGUGACGACAUCUUAUUCCCCUUGAUUUUGAUUGAGAAGCGCAUGCGUUGUAACUAUGGCAACUGUCCGAUACUACAUCAGACAACAUCCACGGAACGCUCACCAAAGCAGGAUAGUGUUCCAAAUUUAACCAGGGGCUCUGAGAAGAGAGCAAGUAUAUUUUCAAGCGUCUAUAGUCUAUCAGCAAUAUUGCCAAAACUGCCAAAAUAUUCAGUCGCUCCAAGACAAUAAUCUCUAUGUGUUUCACUUUUACUGUUUUAGGAAUAUCUAUCAGGGACAGAUUUUGGCAUCUCAUUCGGACAUCUUGUUCCACUAAUCUCGUUGUGUCAAUCGGUCAUUAACCAUCCUUCGAUCACUUCAUCAUGAAAUGAUUCCAGAUAUUCAUAUGGCUGAAUAAUGAAUUACCUUUAGGUGUAAAAAAAAUUAUCACCUUUUUUCACUUCUGUAUUAUAGGCCAGUUUGAAGCGAACUCGAUAGUGGGUGUUUUAUAAGAUUGAUUUCGUGCAAUCAGUACACUUAUUUUCAUUAUGCAUUAUUUAUUUAGAUAGUAGGCCUAGUUUUACUACAUGGGAGGCAAAUUUAGCAUUUUAUGUCGUUGUACGAUGUUUUCUCUGGCGAUUGAAUUUUAUUCCUUAAACAUGUUCACUGUUCUUUUGUGUCGGCUGAAGAUCUUCCGCUGACCAUAAUUUCCAAAAA